CACGAUGUUUCAGAUACUCACCUCCUUAGUGUGAACUGACUUGCUAGCACCUAGUCAUACGUUCUCGACAGUUCUCCCCGAGAGCAUUGUUGGAGAGGCCUGCCUCAUGUCCCUCGACACCCAACUUUAUACAAAUACUCCGUGUACAGAACCUCUAACUCAAGCAGACCUUCUGAAAUUACAUCGAUAAUCGACAUUCAACAUGGAGCAGUACGGCAGAGACCCCGAGCCUCAGCGCUCACCCAGCACAUUCAUCUACAAUCUUGCGUUCAGACAAAACUAUCAGAAUUCGGCGACCAGUAGGGAUUCGAUGGCUAUACAAGCUUCGCCUACGCCACCUUUGUUCUAUUCGCAACUCCACGCUGGUUUUCUUCUGGAACGACGCGCUCUGGCUGGGCGCACUAUCUACGGCAGGCCACUUGAGCCAUUGACUGUUUGUAUUCCGCACCGAAGAGACAUGAACGAAUCCGUAACGAACUCUGGCGGGGCAAGAUGCGAAAUUGAGCAGUUUCCAACAUGGCUUUAUCCCCGCGAGGUGGUUCCUCCGAUGCAUGGGGAGAGGCAUGCUCUGGCAGUCAGGAUUCACUCGGUUCAGGAAAUUUGUCUACGAGCUAGUCAGAAGUAUCACGAACAACGACGCAGACAACGCAGAAACGAUCGCAAAGAAGAACGUGGAGGCAAUCGCAGGGGGAGCUGCCUAGGGGGGUUUCGCCGAAGUAGUCGUCGCCCCGGUCCCUACGAUCGACCCGUUCAACGAGAUUCGCAACAUAAUUUCUCGUCUUCAGCCUCUCCGACCGAUAGCGACAGGGUACCAAAUGAAUCGCUGGUGGACAGCAUCAGCCGGAUUUGCGACCAUCUCUGGGAACAAGCCAAACUAGACACACUGAUCCGAUUGCUGGCCAAGGGGGAGAAGCGGGAGGCAGCGGCAACCAUGGCGCAGCUGCUAGAGUGGGCAGAAACGGUCGUGGAGUGUGGUGAUCGCAGUGAACUCAGCGAAUCUCCCGACAGGUCGGACUUAUUGCUGUUACUCGAAGCUGCAAAAUAUCUAUGUUGCUGGCUUGGCGACAGUGAUGGGGAAGCAGAACUUGGAGAAGUUGAGGGCGCUGUGACAUUCUAUCUCAUUUUCGGAGUGGUAUAGACUCAUAGAAGGGUGGAUCAGUUUGUUUGGUGAUGUUGGCACGGGCUUAGAAGUGAAGCACAAGGGAAUCGGUAGAAAAUGUUUCUAGUUGUCUCAUGUCAACAGCGGAAUCGUAUGGUUGAUUCUGAGUAGACAAAAACCAUGACCAGUCGAAUUCUUACUUUGCAGGGCUCCAUCUUUCAAGAGAUGGAUGAUUUUAUGUCGCAGAAAUAGGAGACCGAAAUAUGAUACUUUGGCUCAGGCAUCACACUCCCUGAAUGCAAUUCUUCUUUCUGUACUUGCAAGGUAAUCAAUGGA